CUUGUACAACUAAAUGAAGAUAGACGUCGCGACAUUUCAUUCUUAUAAGAAUAAGGAAACAAGCGACAAUGAAGCUGCUCCAUUUCCUGUGGCUGCUAAGCGGCCUGCUCCUGGUCACCGGCGAACAGAAUCCCCCAGUUAACGCCUCCUCCAAGGACACCUCCGCGGUGCAGGCUAAUGGGACAAUUGUGCCGCUGACCAAUGCCACUCAAGGAUUGAAAUCGGAUUCGGGAUCUACAGGUUCACCCGUACAGGUGAACGUUAAGGAUGCGGCUGUGGUGCAACAGGACAAGAACACUAACAAGACGGCUACGGGUGAAAGUGCAGCCAAGACCAGAAAGCGCCCAGACACUGGCUUGCCUUUAACUCCAGUGGACACUUCUAAGCCGGCAGUAGAUCAGAAGGUCACUAAGGGAAAAGAGGCAGCCAGUUCACCGACUAGCACCUCUACAUCCACUACGACAGCUACCACUACCACUACGGCCAAGCCAGCUGCAGGAUCAGCUAUAGUCGCCGAUGGGCAGACCAUGAAGGACGUUACCAAGACCGGCAACAACGCCACUGCCACUUCUUCCUCUAGCACUAGCAGCACCACCACAACGUCUACGACCACAACCACUACCACCACCACCACCACUACUACCACUACUACAACUACGCCGAAGCCCAAGAAACCGCUGGUUGUUGUUAGCCCGGAUGUGCACAAGGAAUGGGAGAAGGAUGCUGAGCUGCAGAAAAGUCAGGAGAAGACCGGUACUAAGGCAAAUCCAGCCCAGCCACUGCCCACACCCUCAGAGCCUAAGAUGCAGGGUCUGACCAGUAGCAAUCUGGCUGAUCGCGGGGAUAAUGGUUAUGUGGUGCCCAUUGUGACCGUGCUGCUGACCGUACCACUAGCCAUCGGUGUGGUGACCAUCAUGUACCGUCGUUUCCGUGACAUGUGGAGCACCAGGCACUACCGUCGCAUGGACUUCCUAGUGGACGGCAUGUACAACGACUGACGAAGGCGCGGACGACAGUCGGCCAGCAAGAGUAGUCACUUCUCCGGGUGCUCCUCCUCCUCCUCCGGCGCCCUCGGAUGAUGAUUAUUAGUUGUUUAAGUUGUACAUCGACUGGUUGGUAUGGCAUUCAAUGCAAGGCCACCAGAACGAAAAAAGAGUGGGAGGAAAGGAUAAAUGAGAAGUGGAGGAGGAUGAUUACCCAAAACUAGGAUAUUGCUCAGUCAAUUAAAAGGAGAAAAGGACUCGAAGAGAGGGAACCGAACGAGCGGCCAAAUUGAAUUUAAACCAACUGAUUUUCAACGCUAAAUUCAAGCGGACUUUUUUACGUUUAAGCAUUUGGAUUUUAUUGGAAAAAAGAAGAUGAGCAUUUGUUACCAAUCAAAUUGAUACCAACACUUAUAUAUAUAUAUAUGUAUACCCUGUAUAUCCUAUCUACUUAAGGAGGACUCUGGAACACCAGCUGCUGUUUAUUGGAGGAGCUGCCACCUCAAACUCAACCAUCGGCGCAAUUAGCAAUCACUCAUUGAAUCCACAAUCUAGCCGUAAUGUGCCUUACAAAUCAGCUAUAUAGAUAUAUAUACAUAUAUAUCUUUACACAUGAUAUUCUUCAUUCUAAGAAGCUUACGAGAUGAAUUCUCCGCAUUUACUUUACGCAACACAACACCACUCAUUCACUCACUUUAAAAACAAAAAAGCAGCAGAAACCAAAAAAAAAAAAAAUUCACAAGCAAUCGGCCUGAAACAAGCAAAUUUAUAGCAUUGCAUUAUAUAUAUACCUAUAUAUAUAUAUAUAAAUAUAUUUCUUGUUAUCAAAGUAACAAUUACAAUAAAGCGAAAGGCAGUCAACUUUAA